AUGGAGCCCGGCGUGCGCAGGCCGAUACCACCCGCUGAGAAAAGCGAGGGGCCAGCGGCCCCGGCACCCGCGGAACGCGCCCGGGGCCAGGGGCCGGGCCUGCCAUCGCCGGCGCUGUGCUGCGCCUGCGGUCUGUGCGCGCUGCUGGCGGGCGUGAACGUGACGCUGGCGGGCGCCUUCGCCUCCUUCCUUCCCCGGCACAACGCGCCGCUCGUCGUGGGGCCGGCGCUGCUGGCGCUGGCGCUCGUUUUCUUCGCGGCCUGCUGCGUGUGUAGCCGCCGGGGUCCUGCGCCCCGCGCUCGCUCUGCGGCCGCGGCGGGCCCUGGCCAGGGUGGCGGCCGCGGCGGGCCCGUGGCGCUGGAGAUGGAGAGCAGCGAGCGCACAGCGCAGGACACCACGGCCGUGCAGCUCAGCCCUGCCUUCUCCGCCGCGUCGUCCGGCCGCUCCAGCCCCGGCCACAGCCCUCUCGCCCUGGAGGCCCAGGCGCCCGCGGCCCUCUGCGCGCUGCGCUCAGAAGAGGUCCAGCUCCACCUGCCCCGAGAGCCGGCCGCCCCCUAGCGGACCAGGGCCCCGCCGUGACUCUGCUGUCCCGGUUCACUCUCCUUCGUUCAGUGCCAU